CGGGGAGACCUUGGCCAGGCGCUGAAGGCGUUUCGCGGAGGUGAAAGGUUUGGGCCAAAGGGAAGCAGCAAAAUGCAGAGCUGGAGCCGUGUGUCCUGCUCCUUGGUCAAGAGAGGCCAUUUCAGUCGGAUCUCCCAUGGCCUGCCCGGAGUCUCUGCAGUGCCUCUCAGAACUUACGCUGAUGGGCCAAUUGAUGCUGAUGUGACAGUGAUCGGUUCUGGGCCUGGAGGGUAUGUUGCUGCUAUUAAAGCUGCCCAGUUAGGCUUCAAGACAGUCUGCGUUGAGAAAAAUGAUACUCUUGGUGGAACGUGCUUGAAUGUUGGGUGUAUACCUUCUAAGGCUUUGUUAAAUAACUCUCAUUAUUACCAUAUGGUCCAUGGAAAGGAUUUUGCAUCUAGAGGAAUUGAAGUGCCUGAAGUUCGCUUGAACUUAGAGAAAAUGAUGGAACAGAAGAGCACCGCAGUAAAAGCUUUAACAGGUGGAAUUGCUCACUUGUUCAAGCAAAAUAAGGUUGUUCACGUUAAUGGGUUCGGGAAGAUAAGUGGCAAAAAUCAAGUGACCGCUACUAAAGCCGAUGGCAGCACUCAAGUUAUCGAUACAAAGAAUAUCCUUAUAGCAACUGGUUCAGAAGUCACUCCCUUUCCUGGAAUCACGAUUGAUGAAGAUACAAUAGUGUCAUCUACGGGUGCAUUAUCCUUAAAAAAGGUUCCAGAAAAGAUGGUUGUCAUUGGUGCAGGAGUAAUAGGUGUGGAAUUGGGUUCAGUUUGGCAGAGACUAGGUGCAGAUGUGACAGCUGUUGAGUUUUUGGGUCAUGUUGGUGGAAUUGGAAUUGAUAUGGAGAUAUCUAAAAAUUUUCAACGAAUCCUUCAGAAACAGGGAUUUAAAUUUAAGCUGAAUACAAAGGUGACUGGUGCUACCAAGAAGUCGGAUGGAAAAAUAGAUGUUUCUAUUGAAUCUGCUUCUGGGGAUAAGUCUGAAGUCAUCACCUGUGAUGUACUCUUGGUUUGCAUUGGCCGACGACCUUUUACUCAGAAUUUGGGCUUAGAAGCACUAGGAAUUGAACUAGAUCCUCGAGGUAGAAUUCCAGUCAAUUCAAGAUUCCAAACCAAAAUUCCAAAUAUCUAUGCUAUCGGUGAUGUGGUUGCCGGCCCAAUGCUGGCUCACAAAGCAGAGGAUGAAGGCAUUAUCUGUGUGGAAGGAAUGGCUGGUGGAGCCGUGCACAUUGAUUACAAUUGUGUGCCAUCAGUGAUUUACACACACCCUGAAGUUGCUUGGGUUGGCAAGUCAGAAGAACAGUUGAAAGAAGAGGGUAUUGAGUACAAAGUUGGAAAAUUCCCUUUUGCUGCUAAUAGUAGAGCUAAGACCAAUGCUGACACAGAUGGCAUGGUGAAGAUCCUUGGGCAGAAAUCAACAGACAGAGUAUUGGGAGCACAUAUUCUAGGACCGGGUGCUGGUGAAAUGGUGAAUGAAGCUGCUCUUGCUUUGGAAUAUGGAGCAUCCUGUGAAGAUAUAGCUAGAGUCUGUCAUGCGCAUCCGACAUUAUCAGAGGCUUUCAGAGAAGCAAAUCUGGCUGCAUCAUUUGGCAAACCAAUCAACUUUUAAAAUUAGUAGAAGACUAUAUUUUUUUGAAAUUUCCUGUUAGCUUUUAUAGAUGUGAUGUUUCUGAACAGGAAAUGCUAACAGCUUCAAGAAUUUCCAGGACUGAAUUAUAAAACCGUUCGAAGGCGUAUAAUAGGCUUGGACAGAAUGGGAUAAUCUCAUAUCUAUAUUUUAAAUAAAUUUAAAUAUUUUUUUCAGUACUUUAAUAUAAUGCAGGAAAAUGCUACUUGCAGUAGCAUUCUGAAAAUUUCAUCACCCCAUAUUUUCAUGCUGCUUAUGAUCAGCUCAAUUUCACUGAAUUUAUGUUAAGUAAACCUUUAUCUGAUAUAAUAGUUGGAUUUACGUGGAUGGAACUGGAGAAUGGUUUGUAAACAGCUGUGCUUGAAUCAAGGUGAUUGUAUUAUUUAAAACUUGGUUUUCAUAUUGGAAACAAAGAUCCAGAUAUGUAUAAACUGAACUGAUGUAAAUAAAAAUGGUCUCAUUUGUUCUGAACUGCAAGAAUUGGGUGAAUAAAUGAAAGUAGAAAUAGUAUUUUGAUUUUUAAGGUUUCUAUAGUCAGUAGUUAUACAAGUAUCUAUGAAAUUCAAAUCGAUGAAUACUCAAAUAUGUUACAAUGGGGAAUGAACUAUGGAAAUAAACAUGUCUUAAAUAUUCA